AGUAGAUUAGUUGUUGCCUUGGGCUGGGCAUGCCGUGAGAGAUUGUGGCUAAGGGGGUACUGGGUUUCUUUUUGUGAUUAUGAUAAUGUACUAAAAUUGUGAUGCGUGCACAGCUCUUAUAUACCAAAAGCCACUGUACGGUACACUUCAAAUGGGUUGUGUGCUAUGAGAAUUAUACCCCAAAUAAAACUAAAGGCCUAAAAAGAGGACUGAACAAAUUAGAAGAAUAGGCCAUUUUAUGGACUAGCAGCUUGUGUUCGUAAUAUGUGCACACCGUUAUAUAGGGCAGAGGGAACAAGGAGAAAGGCCUGUAGAAAAGCAUUUGCUGAGUUUCCCGCGCCUGUUCACCAAGACAGGGGUCCGACUCCGCCCGGAACCCCGCCUUCCUGGGAUAGACUGGAGCACGCCCCGCCUACCGUGUCCAUCACCUUCCUACUCUGCCCACAGCGUUGCCUUCGGCGUUGGCCUUUAUAAUGCUGAGCCGGCUGUGGAUCCCAACCGCAGGUCCGUAUCCCGCGGAAGCAGCCGCCGUCGCUGUCUCCGCCUUACGUCAUCCUGAGGCCCUGCCCCUUGUGUAUUCACGGGGCGGGAACCGGAAGCGGAAGUGCUUGCGGAAGUACGCCCUUCUCUGUACUCCUUGCCUCCGAGGUGGCGUCUCUUUUCCGUGGGCUUCAGGCUGGUCACUAAUCCCUGGCCUCUGGCCUCCGGGAUCGGCUGCGGAGUCGCGACGCGGACCCCGAAGCUGCCGCUGUUCCGUGGAGAGCAUCCGCGCGCUCCUCCUGUGGGUAUGGACCGCGGCUCAGGGCCCUUUCUCACCCGAUGGCGCCCCUCUUCAAAAGCUGCCAUAGCAGCCUUUGUACUCUGUCCAGAAGCAAAAUCAUUUACGCUGGUCUGGGAACGGCCCCAGCGCCCGCUUCUCACCGACUGGCAUCUGCGGUGCGUUCCGCUUCUCUGAAGUGAUCUCAGCAAGAAAUGGAAUGAUCUGGAAACUCUCACCAUCAGAUUCACAGGAUGGCAGUCCUUGACCAGACUCAGCACUCAGUGACCUUUGAGGAUGUGGCGGUGGACUUUACCCAGGAGGAGUGGACUUUACUGGACCAAACACAGAGAGAGCUCUACAGAGAUGUGAUGUUGGAGAACUACCAGAAUCUCAUUACACUAGGGCAUGAAGCAUGCCAGCCCAGUGUCAAGUCUGGAUUGCAAGGAGCAGAACUGAGGACAGGAGCGAGUAUUCUGCAGGAAUCGAAUUUCCAACUCAAAACCAAAGGUUCCACAUCUCUUCUAUGUCACCUUUACCAGAGUAUUCAACUUAAAUGUGAAAAAGUCUUUUGUUACCAUUUAUACCUUAAUCAACAGGAGAGAAGCAAUACUUGGAUGAAACAAUAUAGCUCUGACCUGUGUGGAAAAGCACUCAGUGAGCACUCGUUUAUUAUGACUCACAUUAGACCAAAAACUAAGGGUAGUUGGAAUGCCUUUAAAAAGAACUUUAUUUGUACUUUGCUCAAGAAAAUCCCUGUUGGGGAAAAACCUUCUGAGUGUUUUCAACAUGAAAAGGUCUUUGAUUCGCUUUCAAAUCUCACUGGGCACAAGAAACCUCAGACACAAAGGAAGUUGUGCAAAUGCAAAGAUUGUCAGAGAACUUUUGUUAAUCACUCUGGAGAAAAACCUUAUGAACGUAGAGAAUGUGGGAAAGCCUUCACUCAUUCCUCAUACCUUACAGAUCACUCAAGAAUUCACAGUGGAAAAAAGCCCUGUGUAUGUAUGGAAUGUGGGAAAGCCUUUACUCGAUCCACAGGACUUAUUUUACACAUGCGAAUUCACACUGGAGAAAAACCAUAUAAAUGUAAGGAAUGUGGAAAAGCUUUUAUUCAUUCCUCCUACCUUACAAAACAUGUACGAAUUCAUAGUGGAGAAAAGCCAUAUAUAUGUAAGGAGUGUGGGAAAACUUUUACUCGUUCCUCUGGACUUGUCUUACAUAUGCGAACACACACUGGAGAAAAACCCUGCGUGUGUAAGGAAUGUGGAAAAGCCUUUAAUAAUUCUUCAGUGCUUAAUCAACAUGUAAGGACACACACUGGAGAGAAGCCACAUGAAUGCAAGCAAUGUGGGAAAGCAUUCACUCAGUCAUCGGGCCUUACCACACAUUUAAGAACUCACACUGGUGAGAAGGCCUAUGCAUGUAAAGAAUGUGGGAAAGCGUUUGCUCGUUCCACAAAUCUUAAUAUGCACAUGUGAACACACACAGGGGAAAAGCCGUACAAAUGUAAAGAAUGUGGGAAAGCCUUUAGAUACUCCACAUGCCUUAAUAUUCACAUGCGAACUCACACUGGAGAGAAACCAUAUGAAUGUAAGGAAUGCAGGAAAACUUUCACUCAAUCUUCAGCACUUGCAAAACAUCUAAGAACAAAGGCAUGUGAAAAAAACCUGUAAAUGUUCCUCAGACCAUAGUAUUCACAUCUAAAGUUAUCUGGAUGAAGACCUUAUGAAAAUAAAGAAUGUGAGAAAGCUUUACUCCAUUUUCCUUACAUGGUAUGUGGGAACUUAGCUGGGGCCAAAUUCUUAUUCAUAUAAGGUAUAUGGGAGAGCGUUACAGUUGGCCCUUGAAAAAAAUCUGCAUGUCAUUUUGAUUCCUCAGAAACUUUACUGAUAGCCUACUGUUGACCAGAAGCCUUCCCAAUAACAAAGUCAAUUAACAUACAUUUUUCUGUUAUAUGUAUUAUAUACUGUAUUCUUACAAUAAAGUAUGCUUGAAGAAAGAAAAUGUUAAAAUCAUAAGUAAAAUACAUUGAGAGUACUAUACUGUAUCAAUACCAUAAGUUUACUUUGUUUACAAGAUGAAUUGUCUGUCAGUACCUAUAUCAAUAUUUUCUUAUAGCAUACAAAGCAUCAUAGAUGGUAUAUGUAUUACUAACACUAGACAUCAAAUGUGCACAAAUAAUAUGAAAAAUAAAUUCAUAUUUAUUUACAGAUAUAAUGAUUCAUGCAUUGAUAAUAAAGCAGCUUUAUGGUAACCUAGUGUAGUCUAUACAUUAGCUUAUAUGCCUAGCCUGUACUCUAAUGAAUGAAUUUUUGUAAAAUUUUUAUGGCAUACAAUAUUACAGUGAUACAAUUCAGUAUUAGAAACAUUGCUACACUUAAAAAAGCCCAUUUACAUGUGGUGAUAGUCUGACAUAGAAUUUCUCCAAUUAUGAAACGCAUCUGUAAGGUAAUGUAACUUUUUGAAAGCAAAGUUAGAAAACAAACAAUUUAUAUUCAAUAUUACUCACUUUAUGUAGGGAUAGGCUCUCCACUUCUAUACAAGUCUUGCACACAGUGGUCUACAUGAAUACUUAGGUGAUGAUGACACAAAAAUGUCUCAUAUAGUUCUUGCCAUACAAUUGUUUUCACAUGAACACACACACUGUAUAUAAGUUUAUUAAGCAUAGAGCAUGAUUAUUUACUAUUCAUUAAGUGGAAGUGGCUCGUUAUAAAGCUCUCCUCUACUGUGUUUACAUUGAAUAGGCUGAGGAGGAAGCAGGCGGGUGGUCUUCCUAUCUCUGGUGGCAGAGGUGUAGGAAGCCAAAGGGGAGGCAGGAGAGGCAGGCACACUUGGUGUAACUUUAUGGAAAUACAUUGUAACUUGUGACUUUUGCUUUUUCAUUUCUCUAAAAUGUUUCUAUCUGAUACCAGUCCUUCUCCCAUCAUUUGCUUUAGUUUUGGUGCCCACAUCUUAGAAGGGCCUAUGUUGUACAAAGAAGUCAAAAGUAGUCUUGAAUAAUCAGAAUGCUUCUGCCAGAUUGCCUAAUGCCAAUUUAUUUUCUAGCACUGCUUCUACAUCUUCUUUCUCAUCUGGCACUGGUUUGGAAGCCCUCAUCUCCCGUCAAGUCAUCUUAGGUUAAUUCCUGUGGUGUGGUUUCUGUUAGCUCCUGUGUUUCUCCAAGAGCUGUAUCUUGAAACUCUCAGAUC